UCGACACACAGGCAGCCAUGGCGGGACAGCUUCAUGUGAGCUUCAAGGAGCUUUUCAUACUGUUUGGAGUUUUUGGAGUCGUGUUAUCAGUGGUAGACUUUACCAGCGUGACAGCUUCUGGCUCCCUGCAAGCAAAUUACUACAUUUUCAUCGCAAGUUAUUUGGUGACUGAUGAUGAGACCACAGCAACCAACAACGAAGAGCUUGGUUUUACACGAUUCAUACCGACUGGUAGAGCUACCGACAUGACUGAGUGGACGGAUUCUUCUGGUUCUUUACCAUCGACAUUGCCAGACAAUGUAAAGAGUAAGAUAUAUAAAGUUCUCAAUGCCACUACAGGAAGCGUCGGUGUGUUCGAAUGGAGGUAUGGCUCUAACACAGUGAAAACGAUACGGAUGAGACCCACAGAUUUGACAUCCACAGCAUCCCUUGUACCAGCCUUCGUAAGCCGUACUGUCAACAUCGGCGAUGAUGUUGCUCUGACCGUUACCAGAAACACAGCGGAUGACGAGAUUUCAAACAGCAAAUGGAGGAAAGACAACGGUGAAGCUUUUAACACGAACAUCCUGAACUUCAGCAUAAGCAGCGCCAGUACCAGCGACAGUGGUAUUUAUGAGUGCCAUUAUAAACAUGAACGUGCCAAAGGGAACCAGGCGCUACUGAGAUUGAUUGUUAGAGGAUGCCCACAACAUAAAUAUGGCCUAACGGCUUGUAGCAGCGAGUGUCCGAGAUGUCUGAAUGGUGGUGUUUGUGAUGACGUUGAUGGUGACUGCAUUUGUCCACCUGGGUUUGGUGGUAGACUUUGUGGAGAAGUAAAAGGACCGAACCGCUUUGGCCAAAAAGGGAGCCUCCGCUGUGACGCUGUUGGGUUGCCUCACGAUGGUUCUACAUGCAAAGGAAUGCUGUUCUGUUUACCGGAUCCAUACGGAUGCAGCUGUGCCGCUGGGUACCAGGGACUUGAGUGCAAGACAGAUUGUGAUGAUGGAACAUACGGUGCCAACUGUGCCCAGAUAUGUCACUGUGCCGAAGAGGCGUCAUGUAAUGGAACAACGGGUGAAUGUGUUGGAGACUGUGCAUCGGGAUACAAAGGAGAUAACUGUCAAGAGCAAUGUCUUCCCCAUGGAGAUAUUAUGCUAUCGUGCAACACGACUUGUACAAUAUUAGAUCCCAACAUCAUACCCCAACGUCUCAGUGUGUCUUCUUAUUCUGCUGACGAUUCAUUCACUCACACAUUAUCAUGGGAACCGGUAAUUUGCCCAGCAGAAGGCUUCAGUAUAGUGAACUACGUAUAUAAGGUGCUUGAUGGACACGGGAGUGAAGUUGAACCUGUUGAAAUCGAGGGUACUUCUGUCAACCUUAACUUGUCUGUUUGCACAAGUUAUCAAUUCAAAGUUGCUGCACAAACGAGUAAAGGCGUCGGAAAUUACAGUUUUGUAUCUUACACAACUAUAUCAAAGGAGCCAAGUCAACCGCGAUCUCUGAUCGCUACAGCGAUAACCCAGACGAGCAUCACACUCAGCUGGGAAAAGCCACAAUAUCCGAAUGGGAAGAUCGUACAUUACAUUGUUGAGCACCGUGUAUAUGCCCGCCCAUACGACCGUAGCUUCAACUUCUACAGUCACUCAGAAUUUUGGAGUUCAAAAGUAUUGGCUGCGCCUUUAAUUACAGUUAUCGGCGAUUUAGAGCCUUCCACGCAGUAUGAGGUUCGGGUUCAGGCAGUUAACAAUGCCAAUAUAACUGGAAAUAUUACACAACUGAAAGUCUUCACUGAAUUACCAACAGAUCUUACUCCACCUGAUAAGCCGGCUCUCAUCGGGGCGGAGUCGAGUGUCACACAUCUGACCAUCCGACUAGCCAGUACCAAUGCCUCUAAAUAUACCAGUUCUUACCAGAUUGGUGUGAAGAGCAUUGCUGGUGAUUCGACCUUGACUGGCAAAAUAUCCAAACGAUCUGCGCCUGAAUUUCUGCACCACGACAACAAUCCAUCUGCUUAUGUUGCUGCUGAAUUACCUGGAAGACUCCCAGAAAAGUUUGUCGUUGGUGACAACAAAACCUACGGCGGGUACUGGAACCCACCGCUGCAAGAGGGCGCUGUGUACGAGAUCUACGUCGGUGCUGUCAGCAGAAUAAAUGAAACGAAAGCGAGCGUGGUUUGGAAUAACGAACCAUUGACAGUGGAAGUGAACGCAUUAACUCAGACGCCUAUCACUAGAGUGAGCAGUCUUCUGAUUAUCGUUGUCUGUGUGGCCAUUGCUGCUGCUGUUGUGAUUGUAGUUGGUGUAAUAUUUUACACCCGAAGACGUCGUAAACGAAGAGGACGAAAUCCUCUGCAGCAUGCAGUGGUUAAUGCUGGCCAGGAGCUUGUUUCUUACGAGAAUGCCGAACCAACAGAGGAGAAACCCACCAGCGCACCAACCCAAAGUGGUGUCUCUUUGGUACAAGAGUCAGUUUAUGAACCAGUGGGCCCCGGUUCAUCUGCACAUGGAGGUGCACUCCCAGCACCACCACCACCACCACCACCACCACCACCACCAUCACCAGCACCAGCACCAGCACCAGCACCAGCACCAGCACCAGAAUCACAACCUACAUACGAAGAUGUUGGUUUGCCAACGUGGGCUAAUCCAUGGACUGUCAUGUGGGAUGAUUUGAUAGUAGGAAUCAAAGUACUUGGGAACGGGCAGUUUGGUGAAGUGCACUACGGCAGCGUAAUGUUUAAAGGGGUUUUGUGCAAGGCUGCGAUUAAAAAGCUCAAAGAAAAUGCACUUUCAGCUGACAGAGAAAAGUUCUUAGACGAACUCAAAACUAUGACUAUUCACGGCAGUCAUCCCAACCUUGUCAAGAUUCUAGGCGCUUGUCAACAUGAAGGUGUAUUGUACGUAGCUAUGGAGUACUUAUCCAACGGUGACCUCCGUUGCUACCUGAGGAAGGCUCGAUCCAUGGAGGAUGAUGGUCAAGCAUCGCUGUCUCCUCAGAAGCUGCUCCAGUUUGCUCUGGAUGUGGCUAAAGGAAUGCAACACCUGGCUGCAUCAGGGGUGAUACAUCGUGAUUUGGCCUCAAGGAACAUUCUCCUUGAUGAUAAUCUGGUUGCCAAGGUUUCUGACUUCGGUUUGUCACGUGGAGAAGAUGUCUACGUACAGACAUCAAAGACUCGUGUCCCUACUCGCUGGCUCUCUCUGGAAUCACUGACUCGCCAGACGUACACCUCGAAGAGUGAUGUGUGGUCCUUCGGAAUCCUGCUAUGGGAAAUUGCAACCCUCGGUGGUACACCGUACCCUGGUAUCAAGACUCCAUUCCUGACAUCAAGGCUGGAGAAUGGAUACCGUAUGCCCAAACCGGACAACUCGGAUGCCAAAAUUUACGAUGUGAUGCUCCAGUGCUGGCAGGAAGAUCCGGAUGAUCGACCAUCCUUCAAGAAACUUGUCUCUAUCCUGGAAACAAUGGCCGACAGCAAGGAGGAUCAGAUCUACAUGCGUCUGUUACCGAGUUCGAAACAUUAUUUGUACGAGAACAUACACCCGGAGUUUGACGAUAACUAACUUGGUGUUUUCAAAUCGUAUGUGAACCCAUCUUGGUACAAGUCGAACCGAUAUGAUUGUUUUAACGCUGGCGUAUAACACUCGCAUUUGGAGGUACUGAUGUGUCGUAACAUAGUUUUGCUCAUACUAUUCAAUGUAACUUGUUAACCUUGUGUACUUAAACAAAUACGUAGUUGUAUAGGUAAAAGGAAAGAGUGGAUCAGAUAAUGUUUUGGCCAUGUUAUCCAAACGCCAAUGUAAUUUAGGCAAAAGCACAUGGAUAAUCCUUUUUAUUGUAUCAUUGGUAUAGAAAUGUGACCGUUUCAUGGUUAUCCGCUUAAAUCCACUAGAAGCUUUUUAUACGAAAAAAUUUAGCUGGUUAUAAAUAAACAAAAAUAUAAACUGUGAACUUAAAAGUGAUUUUAAAUGGACACAUGUAAGGCUUUAUGUAUGUAUGCUAUAGCUGCUAGUGUCUUGAUCGUUUUUCAGGUGGUAGUUUAUCUCGGUAGUUUGAUUGUGAGUGCGUGCUUUCGUUAUUCUGGCCUCGUGAACUCCUCUUUACCAAUCAAAAUGGUUAAAUUGUCCUGCUAGGUCUUUCUAAAUGUAAGGUGACGCACGGUUAAUAAAACAAAAACAAAAAACACUAUUUUAAUAAUACGAUUGGAAGUUUAAACAUCUAAACUCGAAAGUACUUACUAGAUCCAUUGUUUGUCGUACUAAAUCUACUUUUAAUUGGGAAACCCCACCAGAUCGUUAGAGGCCCACACAUCAACAAGUACUAUAACUUUAACUUGAACAUCGGUAUGUUUCAAUCAUUUUAUCACCAAGAAACCUAACAUUAAAGUUAUGGUAAACAAUUUGUUUUGUCAUGUAUUCAAUCAAGAUUACAUCGAAUCCUGUAUGUUUAUGUUGAAGUUCUGGAUCAAGGAAUAUCCUAUAGGGAGAAACUUAAUGUGGGUAAAUUUAUAUUACUGAGCUAUAUAAUGGUUCCAUGUCGUUCAUUUUCUUAACAUUAUGUAGUUUGUCAUCCUUCUUGUUGACGGUCAAUCCUUUCCCUGGUAUGUUUGGUAUGUUCCUCGUGUUAUUAUUCGACAUGGACAGGUAUUUAACAAGUUUUUUGUUGUGCAUCGCUCGGAGUAUUCUCUUAUAUAAUAUACUGAACUAGGAUUGAAAUAUUGUUUAAAUAAAACUACAUUCAAGUACUGCUCUUUUUUGUCACAGUGACUGUAUACAUAGACAUGAGAAAAACCAUUGCUGAUACUAUUGGUUGGUUUCAUAUAUUUAAUUCAUGGCUUUUAUCAAUACGCACACUUAAAAGAGUCGGGUUGGUGAAUACGAUGAAGUUCAAACUAUGUCCUUGUCAAUAUUGUUGCAUUCGAAAGUUCGUUAACAAUAAUAACACUUAUAGUGCGCCGGUAUCCAACACAGGUGAUGCUCAUGAUGCAAGGAAGAAACACAAAAUUAAUGAAAAGCAGCUGUGAAAAAGUGGGUUUUGAGGGCCUCUUUGAACUUAUGAAUAAAAGACAUGUUACGGAUAUUAAGAGGCAGAUUAUUCCAAAGUAGAGGACCAGCAUGGUAUUUAACAAGUCAGCUUCCCUUGCUACGGAACCCCUAAAGGGACAUAUAGCACAAACAUUGGCAACAAAUACUGAAAUCAAAUAAUGAGAAAACGAAAUUACAAUCAAUGUAUUGCGAUUUCAUAAAUACGAAACAGUAUUUCGAGAGAACGAUUUAACAUUUCGAGGUAACAAUAUGCAAGGGAAUAAUGUUUACGCGUUUGUUUACCAUUUCAAAUUUAUCUGGUUACCUGUCCCCUUGGGGGAUACGUACCUAGUGGCUUGUUACGACAAGAAAAUAAAAUAUUUAAGACCAAAGCAUAAAUCAGUGUAGACAAAUCAUUGGCAUUGUUAAAGUUUAACAUCAUUAAUUCAAAACAAGUGUACUUUUGAGGAACUACAUCAUUAUUGCCCAACGUAAUAUCUGCUCUAGGCCUGGUUAAACUGUUUGAAGCAAAAUAAACAGCUGACAGUUAUAACA